UGGAGCCUCCAUCAGCCUCAUCUUCCUCCCAUUCCCCUCUUCGCUGUCAUUUUCCUGAUCAGACAGUUUCAUCGCUCUACUAAUCCAAUCCCGAUAACCCUCUAAUCACAUCGUCGGAUCUAUCUCACGCCCCAUCCGCUACUCCAGUCCUCCCGCUGAACACUCAAUACCCAACGUCAUAACCUCCGACUCCCUCCUCUCCUUCUACUCCCCACCCCCCUCCUCCCAUCCCCCUCCCCCCCAUUCCCCCAUUUCCCCAUCCUACUGUCGCCGUCAUCAUGGCGGGCUGGUUCUCCUCCACCUCCCCGCUCGACGAGCAAGUCGAACGGGCCACUGCCUCUUCCCUGGAGGAUAUCGCCCUGAACCUAGAGAUCUCCGAUAUGAUCCGAUCCAAGAGCGUCCAGCCCAAAGAGGCCAUGAGGUCGCUGAAACGCCGAUUGGAGAAUCGAAACCCCAACAUCCAACUAGCCACGUUGAAGCUGACAGAUACAUGCGUGAAAAACGGCGGAACCCACUUCUUGGCCGAGAUCGCCUCCCGCGAGUUCAUGGACAACCUCGUCUCCCUGCUCAAGGCGGAAGGCGCCCUGCUCAACGCCAAUGUAAAGGACAAGAUGCUGGAACUGAUCCAGGAUUGGGCCAUGGCCGCCCAAGGUCGCAUGGACUUGAGCUAUCUGGGGGAGACCUAUCGCCGACUGCAAGACGAGGGCUUUCGAUUCCCCCCGCGGACGCAGAUCAGCGGCAGCAUGCUGGAAAGCAGUGCGCCCCCCGAGUGGAUUGAUUCCGACGUGUGCAUGCGAUGCCGCACCGCCUUCAGCUUCAUGAACCGCAAACACCACUGCCGCAACUGCGGUAACGUCUUCGACGCCCAGUGCUCCAGCAAGACCCUCCCGCUCCCUCACCUCGGGAUCUUCCAGCCCGUCCGCGUCGACGACGGCUGCCACGCCAAGUUGACCGCGAAACCGUUCCCGCCGGCGGGUCUGUCGGACCGGUCCGCGUUCAAGAACCACUCCAUCUCCAAGUCGAAUGCCAUGGAGCCCCGGACGGCCCGCGCCGACACCGGCUUCGACGACGACCUGCGUCGCGCCUUGCAGAUGAGCCUGGAGGAGGCGGAAAACCGCGGCACCGGUGGCUACGUUCCGCAGGCUCAGGCUCCAGCCGCCCCGGAACCGAGUCGGAUGAAGACGGCCGAGGAAGAGGACGCCGACCUGAAGGCCGCCAUCGAGGCCUCCCUGCGCGACAUGGAACAGCACAAGCAGCAACACGCCGCCGCCCUGAAGAACACGACCCCCGACUUCCCCGCCCACGAGACCCCGGGGGCCACCCCCAUGCCCCGAAACCCGUACGAACUCAGCCCGGUCGAGGUGGAGAACAUCCACCUGUUCUCCACCCUCGUCGAGCGACUGCAGCAUCAACCCCCGGGGACCAUCCUCCGUGAACCGCAGAUCCAGGAACUAUACGAGAGUAUUGGCGCGCUGCGGCCGAAGCUGGCCCGGAGCUAUGGCGAGACGAUGAGCAAGCAUGAUACGCUGCUCGAUCUGCACGCCAAGUUAUCGACGGUGGUGCGGUACUAUGACCGCAUGCUGGAAGAACGACUGUCCAGCGCCUAUUCCCAGCACUCGCUGGGGUACGGGUCCGUCCCGGCCAAUUCCCCGUACCCCAACGUCUACCCGUCCAUGCCCCCACCCCCGCCCGCGCCGGAAGCCCGCACGGGAGCCGAGAGCUUCUACUACGGAACCGCGGGGGAGCAACCCCCCGCGGAUACCAGUGGUCACCGAGGUGGUGCGAUGAGCCCGGGCGCAUACGCGCCCCCACCGGGACAGCCGAUGCCGCCAAGCGCGCCCUGGACGGGUCGGCCCCCGUCAGUGGCAUCCCCACCGGGUCCCAGUGCCGCCCCGGGCUACCCGGGACCGUCCGUCGGAUACCCACCCCCCGCGCCGCAGGGAUACACGUCUCCGACCGCAACCGACCCAUCCGCCCAGGCCUACUACUCCCACCCCGGGGAGCCGGGCACUCCGUCUCACGCAGCGCCGGGGGUCCGGCGAGACUCCUACUACCAGUCGGCCGAGCCAAGCGCCCCGGAGCCGUCCGCGCCGGCCGCCGAUGGAUAUCCCCCGCCCGCGGGGUCCGGGCAUCAGCGUCAGCCGUCCUAUUAUUACCAGCAGCCCCCGCAGGGUAUGCCCCAAGCCCCGACCCAUGCGCCGGGAGUCCCUCCAGGAUCGCAUGCGGUCGGCGACGUGUCCCCGCUGGGGCCAUCGGCCGCUCCGGUGCCGGGUGCGCAACCGGCGCCCGCACGGCCCGCCGUGGAAGAGAGUCUCAUUGAGCUGUAGACGGAGAGCGG